AUAGCACGUGCGCAGCUGCAAGUUUACGUCGAGGGUCCGCUGUAGGCGGUCGUAUUUAUUUUACGGGACUUCUUCUUCUUCUUCUCCUCCUCCAUACUUUGGUUUCGCUCUGAGCUUGCAGACUCCAGUCAUGAAAUUCCGCGUAUGUUUUACUCUUGUUGCCUCCGUUUGGUUUCUAAGCGCCGCCGCGGAUCCACAAGCACCAGAGGUCCAAACAAGGCUUGGCAGGCUGAGGGGCCAGUAUGUGAGCGUAAAGGGAAAGGAGACAGGUAUCCACGCCUUCCUGGGUGUUCCUUUUGCUAAGCCCCCCCUCGGCCCCUCCCUGAGGCUGGCUUCCCCCCAGCCUCCAGAGGGAUGGCAAGGACUGAGAGAUGCCACCAAGCAACCCAACAUGUGCGUUCAAGAUGUGGAAAUAAUGAAAGAUUUUAUGAAAAAACUCGGUGGUAUGAACACAGAAAUCCCAGAUGUUUCAGAAGACUGCCUCUACCUCAACAUCUACACCCCUGCAAACAGAGCUCCUGAUGCCAAGCUCCCGGUCAUGGUGUGGAUCCACGGUGGAGCCUUUUUUAUGGGGUCUGCUUCAAUGUAUGAUGGUUCUGCUCUUGCUGCCUACCAAGAUGUAGUUGUGGUUCUGAUCCAGUAUCGACUGGGACUUCUGGGAUUUCUCAGCACCGGAGAUGAGCAUGUGCCAGGGAACUUUGGUCUUUUGGACCAGAUCCAAGCCCUGAGGUGGGUCAAGGAGCACAUCGACAACUUUGGAGGAAACCCAGAUUUGGUCACCAUAUUUGGAGAGUCUGCUGGUGGUGUUAGCGUUUCACUCCUGCUUCUCUCUCCACUGUCUGAUGGCCUGUUUCACCGAGCCAUUGCUGAGAGUGGGACGGCUGCGAUGGAUGUCAUUGUCAGCGUCGAUCCAGUCCCAGCAAUGCAGGCAGCUGCAAACGCCUCAGGCUGUAGCCUUGAAAGCACAGAGAAGAUUGCUAAAUGCAUGCUGAACCUUGAUAUUGACACCAUACUGGCAUUAGUGAAGAAUCCCCAUUUAAGUUAUCCUAUAAAUGUGGAUGGACACUUCCUGACGAAGCCUGUGCCGGAGCUAUUCCAGACGCAUCAACUCCUCACUGUACCAUUCAUGACAGGCAUUAAUAAUCAUGAAGGAGGUUUCCUCAUUGCUAAUAACUUUGCUCCUCCAAACUGGACAGAAGGAAUGGAUCGAGAGUCGGUUGUAAACGCACUGUUCGUCUUCUACCCCCUUCCUGAAGCUGCAGCCAUCAGAGACUUGAUUGCUAACGAAUACAUUGGAUCUGGUGAAGACCGCAUCAGAAACAGAGAUGGAUUUACUGAGCUGCUUGGAGAUUUCCUUUUUACUUUUCCAGCCAUUAAAGCAGCAAUUGCUCAUAGAGAUGCGGGCGCGGAUGUGUAUUUGUAUGAGUAUCAUUACGCUCCCAAGUUCCUGCAUAAAAAAAGGCCCAGCUUUGUUAAAUGCGACCAUGGAGACGAACUAUUCUCUGUGCUGGGAUUCUGCUUCACAACCACCCAUGUAAAAUUAGUUGAGGGGUGUCCUAAAGAGGAGGAAGAAUUUAGCAGAAUCAUGAUGAGCUACUGGGGCAACUUCGCUCGCACAGGGUCUCCUAACGGGGAUGGUCUUGUUGACUGGCCCAAGUAUGGAGCAGAGGAAAGGUAUAUGUCUCUCGACGUGAAGGAGCAGACGUCCCGUCAGUCUCUCAAGAAGGACCGUUUCAUCUUUGUGACCCAAACUCUGCCAGAGAGGAUCAGGGACCAUGAGGAGAACGUGGGGCGCAGCGAGCUGUAGUCCAGUUUCAGGGCACAGGGAUCUAAAAGUUUUUGUUUUUUCAAAAGUUAUAUGUACUGUUUAAUUAUUUAGACUAUUAUAAGAUAUAUACAAUGGCGACUCUGGCAUGAUAAGUUAAGUGGGGAACAAAAACUCAACAGCUAUUAGCAGCAACACAUUUUUUGUAAUGCAUACAUUCUGGCAUUGGUCAGUUUUAAAUAAAACAGAUAAAUUAGCACAAACCAACACACUAGAAUUGCCAUUUUCUAUGAGGUAAAUAGAAUUUUUAUACAUAAAAUUUCAAAUAAAGGCUCACUAAUAGUGUUAAUUUAUUGAACAGAAAAGAUUCACAUCAAUCCUCUAAGUCAGUAAGGACAACCAGCACUAGAUGGUCGCACACUUUCCGGCAGAACUUAAACGUAACAUGUGCAUUUCCAGAAUUUUGAUUGGACGAUACAAGCUUGGGGCCAGGGGAUCUCCACCACUGAUCUCUAUUUAUUAACUGGAUUCCUGAAUGGCCGUUGGUAGUACACGUCG